AUGGGUCCGUUUCUUACAAUAUGCGCCUACUCAUUGGCCAUGGCGAUCAGCUCUUUUGUGGCUGGAAUACCGCCACUUUUAUUUGAGCUUCCACCUGAAAAAAUGGAACACUUGUCGACACUUAGUAUGGGAAUUCUAGUUUCUGCAGCACAAGUGCUUAUUAUUCCCGAAGGUAUAAAGCACUCGCCCGAGGGAAGUCCAAUUGGGUUGUUUCUUAUUGCCGGAUUUAUAACGUUGUUUACCAUCGAUAGACUUUCGGACAUCGCUCGUUCCAGUAAGAGAAACUCAAAUGGAUACAGCAAAAUGAAUUAUAAUAUAGAAGAAGGACAAGGUUCCCCAAUUGAUCCGAAUUUGGAAAUUGACUCAUUAUCAGAGCGAGGGAUUUCAGACUCGCAUGGUGCUUCGUCAGAUGGAAACACUGAUGAUGAUUCACGUAUCACGACUUCUGAUGCUGACCUUGAUAGUAUUAUGAAUGAUGGAGUACAGCCAUCAACUACGGCAACGGAAGAAGAAGAUUAUAGUAUACGGCAGAUCUUGGAAUCUUCUGGUACACUCAAGGGAAUGUGGAAUUUAAAAGGCAGUACUAGUUUGAGAAAGCUUCUCUUCAAGGGAUUUGUAUCAGCAUUUCAGAACACAGAUACGUUAGGAUUGCUCAUUCAUUGUAUUACAGAUGGAAUAGCUCUUGCAUCAUCUUUAAUGGCAUCCAACGAAUCGCCAACUGUGCAAUCAAUUUUCGUUAUCGUGGCUAUUUUCCUUCACAAACUUCCUACAGCGUUUGCUUUAGUCGCCUUACUAAUUAGAGAUGGUUUGCCUAGAAUAUUUGUCCUUUGUCAUCUUAUCUGUUUUUCGUUGGCUGCUCCACUUGGCGCUCUUAUCACAUACAUGGUGAUCGUGCUAUUUGUAGACGAAAGUUUGGAAGGCCUUAGUGGACUUCUUCUUACAUUUUCCGGCGGCUCUUUUCUAUAUGUAGGAUUUCAUGCUCUUCAAAAAAUGACAUAUAGUGAGCCAGAGGCAGGGACAGGUAUAAUGGUACCAAAGUCAAGAAAGAGGAUGUUCAUUGAUUAUUUUGUGUGCUUAUGUGGAAUGCUCCUUCCGGUCUUUGUUGCUUUUCUACAGGAAGACUAA